GCUCUUUUCCUCCCCCCAACAAUGACUAUUGCUUCAAAUCUACCAUCAUGACCUCUGAAUCUGGCAGCGACGGCGACCCAUUCAAGGACCCGUCGGUGGCGGGCACGCAGACGCCCCAGCCCGGAGACAUCCCCGCGGGCGCAACGCUCCCUGUCGGCAGAAGUGCCUCUCUCACUCUGGGCACCGACUCGCUGAUAGUUCUUGACGAGGACUUUGGAUACAGCAAGAGCGCGACCAACUGCUGCGGCCUCCUCCCAAACAAAAACAAGACCACGCGGUCCAUACCUUUCUUCAAUAUCCUUUGGGCGGAGCUGUCGGAAUCAGACAUCACCAUCCGCUAUGCGCGCACCGUAUCGAAGGAGACUGUCCGGGUCGCCUACAUCAAUUACACAAUGGAGAAGACCGAUCGCGCUUUCGUAGACGCAUGGAUUGAGAGGCUGCUUGACCGAGCGUACGGCGUAUCUCAAAGACAGAAGCGCCUGAAACUACUAGUCAAUCCCUUCGGUGGCCAGGGAUCCGCCCAGAAGCUAUACAAUCGAGAAAUCGAGCCCAUACUCGCGGCCGCCCGCUGCGAAAUCGACGUGGAACGGACAAAAUACAGUGGCCACGCCGUCGAAAUAGCCAGGGACCUCGACACAGACGCCUACGACGUGAUCGCCUGCUGCUCCGGCGACGGCGUGCCCCACGAGGUUUUCAACGGGCUCGCACAGAAGAAAGAUGCCGCGCGUGCACUCACCAAACUCGCCGUGGUCAACCUCCCCUGCGGCUCCGGCAACGCCAUGAGCUGGAACCUCAACGGCACGGGCAGCCCCAGCCUGGCCGCGCUCGCCGUCGUCAAAGGCCUCCGCACGCCCCUCGACCUCAUCUCCAUCACCCAAGGCGACCGGCGCACGCUCUCCUUCCUCUCGCAAGCCGUCGGCAUCGUCGCCGAAAGCGACCUCGCCACCGAGCACCUGCGCUGGCUCGGCAGCGUGCGCUUCACGUACGGCUUCCUCGUGCGCCUGCUCGGCAAAACGCUCUACCCGGCCGACAUCGCGGUGAAGCUCGAGCUCGACGACAAGACCACCAUCCGCGACGCCUACAAGGCCGAGUCGGAGAAGCCGCCCCCGACGCACGACUCCCGCGCCAUCCCCGCGCACACGGCGGGCCUCCCGCAGCUUAAGUACGGCACUGUCACUGAUUCCUUGCCCGCCGACUGGCAGCUCGUGCCCCACGACAACCUGGGCAACUUCUACGCCGGCAACAUGGCCUACAUGUCGCCGGACGCGAAUUUCUUCUCCGCCGCGCUACCCUCCGACGGAUGCAUGGACCUCGUGCGCAUUGCGGGCGAUAUACCCCGCAAAGCGGCGGUGCAGUCCCUCCUCGCAGUGGAAAGCGGGGCCUUUUACAGUAUGCCGCUCGUCCACUACUCGAAAGUGUCGGCGUACCGGAUCGUCCCUAAAAAUCAGGCGCACGGGUAUAUCAGCAUAGACGGCGAGCGGAUCCCGUUUGAGCCGUUUCAGGCGGAGGUGCAUCGGGGGCUGGGGACGGUGUUGAGUCGCACGGGACAUUUGUACGAGGCGGAGGGGCCGCGGUUGUAAGUCUAGGGGUUAUCGUGCUGAGAGCGGAUCAAGCGAAGCUACGGCAUUAGCGAAGAGGAAAAGGGAAAGCUCGGCAUUGCUAGUCGCGUGUCAGGAAGCUAGAAGUUCUGGGUACGUGGUUUUGUGCGUUUAUUCUGGCGUUUCUUGGGGAUCGGGAUUAGGGAUAGGGGGGAAUCGAGGUAUGCAUUUUUUUUUUUUUUGGUUUGUCAUCUUGGGUCCGAAAGGCGGAUUUGCAUUCU